CUCCUCCGCGAAGGCUCCUUUGAUAUUAAUAGUGUUGGUGUCUUGAAACUGACGUCAUGCGCCGAGACGGAGGUCCUGACAAGCGAUAACAUUUCUGAUAAAGCCCCGAUCUCGCUGCCAGCGCCGGCCGCCUCCUUUUGGGGCGCUGAUCGUUCGGGGCUGCAGACCUCGCGUCCUCUCCGAUCGCGCUCUCGCCUUGUGAUUUAUUAUUUUUUUUAAACAAAACCCAGCCCCCCCGCGUCCCUCCCCCGCCGACCCGGCUCGUCCUCGCUGUUUCCUUUCCUUUCUCGCGCUCUCUUUUCCCCGAGGGGGCAGGGCCGGGGGGGGGGGCAGGAAAAGACCUUUUCUCCCCAAUAAUCCAAGAUCAACUCCGCGGACCACAGAGGACGGUUCAUGGCUCUGGCCGCCGCGCCACCAUCUUCCGGACUGGCGAGGGUGUUCGUGACGAUUGAUCAACAGAAAUGCAGCUCGGCUCUCAGAAAGUCUUCUGUGUCCUCCCAGCAUUUCUAAGACAGUCGCGUUAGCUUCCUGCUAGUUGACUAAUAAAAUUAAUAAUUGUAAAAAGCACUCUAAAGCCACAUGCCUUAUGAAGUCAGUGCUGGGUAUGAUUUUACAAAUAUGGUCCGGAAAAAGAACCCCCCUCUGAGAAACGUUGCUAGCGAAGGUGAGGGCCAGACCCUGGAGCUGAUAGGUGCAGAAAGCAAGGUGUCUGGACAGAACAAAGAAUUUUCUGCAGAUCAGAUGUCAGAAAAUCUGGAUCAGAGUGAUGCUGCAGAACUAAAUAAUAAGGAGGAGCACAGCUUGCACGUCCAAGAUCCGUCUUCUAGCGGUAAGAAGGAGGCCAAAAGCUCAGUCCUGGGUGAGAAGGCUGGCUUCAAGUAUGAAAGCCCCAGCAAGGGAGGAAGCCUUCCCUCCUUUCCUCUUGAUGAGGUGACAGACAGAAAUAUGCUGGCUUUCUCAUCUCCAGCUGCUGGGGGAGUCUGUGAGCCCUUGAAGUCUCCUCAGAGAGCAGAGGCAGAUGCCCCUCAAGAUAUGGCCUGCACCCCGUCAGGGGACUCUUUGGAGACAAAGGAAGAUCAUAAGAUGUCACCAAAGGCUACCGAAGAAACAGGGCAAGCGCAGAGUGGUCAAGCCAAUUGUCAAGGUUUAAGCCCAGUUUCAGUGGCCUCAAAAAACCCACAAGUGCCUUCAGAUGGGAGUGUGAGACUGAACAAAUCCAAAACUGACUCAGUGGUGAAUGACAACCCAGAUCCGGCACCUCUGUCUCCAGAGCUUCAGGACUUCAAAUGCAAUAUCUGUGGGUAUGGUUAUUAUGGCAACGACCCCACAGAUCUGAUUAAGCACUUCCGAAAGUAUCACUUAGGACUGCAUAACCGCACCAGGCAGGAUGCUGAGCUGGACAGCAAAAUCCUGGCCCUUCAUAACAUGGUGCAGUUCAGCCAUUCCAAAGACUUCCAGAAGGUCAACCGCUCCGUGCUUUCUGGUGUGCUGCAGGACAUCAAUUCUUCGAGGCCUGUUUUACUAAAUGGGACCUAUGAUGUACAGGUCACUUCAGGUGGAACGUUCAUUGGCAUUGGACGGAAGACCCCUGAUUGCCAAGGCAACACCAAGUAUUUCCGCUGUAAAUUCUGCAAUUUCACUUAUAUGGGCAACUCAUCCACCGAGCUCGAACAGCAUUUUCUGCAGACUCACCCGAACAAAAUAAAAACUUCUCUUCCAUCUUCCGAGGGUGCAAAACCUUCAGAGAAGAACUCUAACAAAUCCAUGGCUGCACUUCGGGCUGGCGACUCUGGAGAUCUGGGAAAGUGGCAGGACAAGAUCACUGUCAAGGCUGGAGAUGACACUCCGAUCGGCUACUCGGUGCCCAUCAAGCCCCUCGACUCCUCGAGACAGAAUGGUACAGAGGCCACUAGUUACUACUGGUGUAAAUUUUGUAGUUUCAGCUGCGAGUCAUCUAACUCCCUUAAACUGCUAGAACAUUAUGGCAAGCAGCACGGAGCCAUGCAGUCAGGUGGCCUUAAUCCAGAGUUGAACGAUAAGCUUCCCAGGGGCUCUGUCAUUAACCAGAAUGACCUAGCCAAAAGCGCAGAAGGAGAGCCAGUGACCAAGGCAGACAAGAGCCUGAGUGGGGCUAAAAAGAAGGACUUCUCCGCCAAGGGAGCAGAGGAUAACAUGGUCACAAGCUAUAACUGUCAGUUCUGCGACUUCAGAUAUUCCAAAAGCCAUGGCCCUGAUGUCAUUGUGGUGGGGCCACUCCUCCGUCAUUAUCAGCAGCUCCAUAACAUCCACAAGUGUACCAUUAAGCACUGUCCAUUCUGUCCCAGAGGGCUUUGCAGCCCAGAAAAGCACCUUGGAGAAAUUACUUACCCAUUUGCUUGUCGAAAAAGUAAUUGUUCCCACUGUGCACUGUUGCUGUUGCACUUGUCUCCCGGGGCGGCUGGAAGCUCAAGAGUCAAACACCAAUGCCACCAAUGUUCAUUUUCUACCCCUGAUGUAGAUGUGCUCCUCUUUCACUAUGAGACCGUGCAUGAGUCCCAAGCCUCGGAGGUCAAACAGGAAGCCAAUCAUCUGCAAGGACCGGAUGGGCAGCAGGCUGUCAAGGAAAGCAAAGAACACUCAUGCACCAAGUGUGAUUUUAUUACCCAGGUAGAAGAAGAGAUUUCCAGACACUACAGGAGAGCACACAGCUGCUACAAGUGCCGCCAGUGCAGCUUCACGGCCGGCGACACUCAGGCACUACUGGAGCACUUCAACACUGUCCACUGCCAGGAACAGGAUGUCACUACAGCCAAUGGCGAGGAAGACGGGCACGCCAUCUCCGCCAUCAAGGAGGAGCCCAAGAUUGACCUCAAGGUCUACAGUCUGCUCAACCCAGACGCAAAAAUGGGAGAGCCUGCGUGCGAGAGCGCGGUGAAGAGGGAGAAGCUGGAGGAGAAGGAGGGGCUCAAAGAGAAGGUCUGGACCGAGAGCUCCCCCGAAGAGCUGCGGGGCGUGGCCUGGCGGGGGGCCGACGUCCUGCGGGGGAGCCCGUCGUACACGCAGGCGGGCCUGGGCCUCCUGGCGCCUGUGUCCAGCACCCAGGAGCCGACGAAGACCCUGCGGGACAGCCCCAGCGUGGAAGCUGCCCACCUGGCGCGACCCAUUUAUGGCUUGGCCGUGGAGACCAAGGGGUUCCUGCAGGGGGUGCCAGCCGGCAGCGAGAAGGCGGGAACCCUGUCCCAGCAGUACCCUGCAUCAGGAGAAAGCAAGGCCAAGGAUGAAUCGCAGUCCCUGUUACGGAGGCGCAGAGGCUCUGGUGUUUUUUGUGCCAAUUGCCUGACCACGAAGACCUCUCUCUGGCGAAAGAAUGCAAAUGGCGGAUAUGUAUGCAACGCGUGUGGCCUAUACCAGAAGCUGCACUCGACUCCCAGGCCUUUAAACAUCAUUAAACAGAACAACGGUGAGCAGAUUAUUAGGAGAAGAACCAGAAAGCGCCUUAACCCGGAGGCACUUCAGGCGGAGCAGCUCAGCAAACAGCAAAGGGGUAGCAGCGAGGAGCAGGUCAAUGGAAGCCCAUUAGAGAGGAGGUCGGAGGAGCAUCUAAGUGAGAGCCACCCGAGAGAAAUUCCACUCCCAAGCCUAAGUAAAUAUGAAGCCCAGGGUUCAUUGACUAAAAGCCAUUCUGCUCAGCAGCCAGUCCUGGUCAGCCAAACUCUGGAUAUUCACAAAAGGAUGCAACCUUUGCACAUUCAGAUUAAAAGUCCUCAGGAAAGUACUGGAGAUCCAGGAAAUAGUUCCUCUGUGUCUGAAGGGAAAGGAAGCUCUGAGAGAGGCAGUCCCAUAGAAAAGUAUAUGAGACCUGCAAAACACCCCAAUUAUUCACCACCAGGCAGCCCGAUUGAAAAGUACCAGUACCCGCUCUUUGGACUUCCCUUUGUACAUAAUGACUUUCAGAGUGAAGCUGAUUGGCUGAGGUUCUGGAGUAAAUAUAAGCUCUCCAUUCCUGGGAAUCCGCCCUACUUGAGUCAUGUGCCUGGCCUACCAAAUCCUUGCCAAAACUAUGUGCCUUAUCCCACCUUCAAUCUGCCUCCUCAUUUUUCAGCUGUUGGAUCAGACAAUGACAUUCCUCUAGAUUUGGCGAUUAAGCAUUCCAGACCUGGGCCAACUGCAAACGGUGCCUCCAAGGAGAAGACGAAGGCACCGCCCAGUGUAAAAAAUGAAGGUCCUUUGAAUGUAGUAAAAACAGAGAAAGUUGACAGAAGUACUCAAGACGAGCUUUCGACAAAAUGUGUGCACUGCGGCAUUGUCUUUCUGGAUGAAGUGAUGUAUGCUUUGCAUAUGAGUUGCCAUGGUGACAGUGGACCCUUCCAGUGCAGCAUAUGCCAGCAUCUUUGUACGGACAAAUACGACUUCACAACGCACAUCCAGAGGGGCCUGCAUAGGAACAAUGCACAAGCGGAAAAAAAUGGAAAACCUAAAGAAUAAAACCUUAGCACUUAGCACAAUUAAAUAGAAAUAGGGUUUCUUGAUGGGAAUUCACUAGCUUGUAAUGUCUUAUGAAGACCUAUUAAAAAAAAUACUUCAUAGAGCCUGCCUUAUCCAACAUGAAAUUCCCUUCUUUUACUCUUCUGUCUUUUGAUGAGUAGGUUACCAAGAUGUAAAGAUGAGACAGGUGGUCAGUGAGAAAGAGCGGAAGGUGGUAAACAAUCAUUUUUUAACUUAGUGAAUCAGAGCUGUCUUGGCUGAUACGUCCUGGGGAGAAUGAUCCAUUCCGAGUCCCUCCAGAUUACAGCUAUGCUUCUGUCAAAGGAGUGCAAACUGUCUAGAAUUUGAAAGGGUUUAUGUAGUACAAUACAAAAGCAGUAUUGGGUUGGCCAUUGGCCCACUGGUUCAGAAACUCAUGCAUUGUGUCCUAAAUUUAGAAGUAUCAUGAAAUCCUUCACAAACGAGGGAAAAAAUUGAAUCGUGAGGGCCAGGGAAGGGGAAAUGGCACCCCUCCCAUCCAUCUCCUCCCAUUGACCAUGUUUCAGAUUUGGACCUAGAAAUGUGGAUCUCCGUCCGGUUAGGCUUGGUGAGAGAACAGCAAGAAACGUGACAGAUGGGUGGCACGAUGGCUUUGGCCAGCCCUGCCUGUACAUACACAUGCACACCCUCUUUGAUACAUUUGUCCUUUAGAUCUUCAAAUAGUCAGUAGUCCUUUUGUUUGCAGUUUAGGUUCAUUUUGUCCAAAUGUAUUCCUAUUUUUUUUUAAAUCCAGUGUCCUCAGUGCUUAUGUAGUAAUCUUAUUUUAGCCAGAUACUUCUUUCUUGUUUAUGACAAACAAGUUUGGAUUUUUUUUUUCCUCCUGUUGGUCACUAAUCUCACUUGGCACAUCAUGAUUAAAGAAAUCGCCUCAGUUCAAAAGAAUAGGUGGAUACAAAUGUUAUACUGAGGGUUUAAUUUGCUUAGAAUACAUGGUAUUUCUCCACAAGGUAACCUGCUGUAUUUAUUUAUUUUCUUUUGGUUAAAUAUCAUUUCCAAACUUUGUGGUCAGGCAGCGUCUAAGGUUACAUUACCACAGACUGACAGUAUAUGUACCAAUCAAUCCCUUCAUUAGAUUACGCAGGUUUAGUUAAGUAGCAUUAAAUAGGAUUCUUAGAAGUGUAUCUUCGUAGUACUUUUAAUACUUAAGGCUUUGUAAAAACUAUCCAUGAAGGGAGCACUCCUCAGCAUAACUGCUCAGGGAAAUAGGGCUGCAUAACUGAACAUUAAAUAAUUGGUUAAAGGUGCUGUUAGUCAAGCCUCAAUGCUUGCUACAAGGAUGUAUGUACAAGGACUGACUUUAAUAAUUUGCAUUAUAUUGUCCCAACCAGUAGUUUAUUUUUUGCCACGGAGAUGUAGAAGAUAUUACAAGCUGCUGGAUGCACUGUCAGAUUAACUUAUUUCAUUAAAGAAGUUGGGAGAACAAAUAGGAAAAAAAAAAACUUAUUUUUCUAGUAAAUAUUAAUGUAUUACAUUUCAAAUAAUGGUGCCUGACAUAUUGAAUAAAUAUUUUCUACAGUGUACGUAUGCAACAAAGAUAUUCCAUCACGCAUUGGAGUCAGUUCUGGCUCUGCCUCGCUGUUUACAUUUGCAAAUGUAGCAAACAAGGUAAUGAAGCAACUGUUUCUAUUGCAGUAGAUAUCUUUUUGUGUGUGUGUGUGUGUGUGCAUUAAAAUUGUAAACGGUAACAUGAAACUUCUUGAUAUAAUGGUAUGGAAAACAAGAAAGAAAUGAAAAUAUUUUUAUGCCUACUUAGGAAAAAAAAGGGUAGCACUAUUCAUUCCAAGUACUUUUUUUUUUUUUUUUUAAUUUUUAAGCUCUUAACUCACAUUGUUAUGCUUAAGACGAUAAACAUAUAUCCUCUUUUAUUGCUUUGUCUAUGUUUCAGAGGAAACAUUUCAGAAAUUAUUUUGAUAAGUGUUGCCGGAAUCCGCAGCACUGAAGUUUUUAUUGCAUUCUGUAGUCGAAUUUGCACUCCAUUUUUACGUUAAUUUGCAGUUGCUUUGUAUUGUUUCGUUUCCUUUGGGGUUUGUUUCUCACAGUGCCCUCUUUGUUUCUUUAAAGUUGGAAGGCAGGUAGAAUUCAAUCAGUUCCUGACUGUUGUAGUGAAUGAAGUUAAAAAUAUCUUUCUGAUGUUGUGUUGUCGUUUCAAUUCUUGCAUUUUCAUUUCUCAUGAACAAAGAAAAAAACAAAACAAAACAAAAAAAAAUGAAUGAGAGAAAUCAGGACCGAGUCCUCCGCUUCGGCAUUGUUGAUGAGGGGCCUACUCUGAGCUCAGCUGCUGUUCAGCUGCGGCCACCACAGAAGCUGAUGUCUCGAGGUGGAGGAUGGAGCUCUGAUGUGCAGCCCAUCUGACCGGAUUUGUCUUCCGUAGGAAUUCUGAUGGAUGCAUCUCAAAGCAACCAGACAGAUCUGGGAGGUGUUACUGAGGGAUUUCCCAAACAGUAGUGGUUGGUUUACGUAUUGAAAAAGAAUAUAAAAAUGCAAGGGAGCACUCUUCGAGCGACAUGAUACGUAGAGAGCGUCAAUCAGUGGCAAGCAGAUGAACCCGGGCACAGAAGACGAGUGGCUGGUAACAUCGGAAGUUUGUUUAACUCGGGCACUAUUACAAGUUAUUACUUUUUUGCGCAAAACUUCUCCUUCCUCAGUUUCCCCAGUGUGUCAGACAUAAAUAGGUUGUUCAUUGUGGGCACGUAUGCCUUUGUUUUUCAUUCUUUUUUUUUUUUCUUUCUUUCUCAAACAGACAUAGUAGUAAUGAGCAUUGGAAAAUACAUAUCACUUUUUUGGGAAUAUUUAUGUUCAGUCUACUUUCAGUAGAAUAUUCUUCGAUAGCAUUGGCAUGAUAGAUCUUCUAUACUCCUUUAUUAUUAAUUAUUUUAUUUUCAUUUUUGCUUUCAUUAGUAUACAUAUUCUGGUGGAAAAGAAGUCAGACUUUUUAAAACAGGAUAGAAGUUUAUCGUAACACUAAGAUACUCCUUAUUUUUUGAUAAAGUGAAAGCCUUUGUUCCAUCUUGCAAAAUAGAUUCUACAAAUGUUUUCUAUUUAAGAUUUCAGAAUCAUUUUGUCUUAAAUUGUGAAUGAUUUUAAGUGAGCUAUUUAGGUACGUAACCUUUUCCCUAAAACCUUUCAAGAUGAUGUAGAAGUGUUCCCCUCUUGGAAAAGGUUUCCCUUUGUCCUGUGAUGAGUAUGAUAAGCCAGCUAAAACUGUAUGUCACAAAAACCCUUCAGGUCUUUUGAAAUUACCUGUCUAUAAUCUAACUUGAGCUUGUGGCUCAAGCUGAAGGCCAGGACCGGUUCAUGCAUUCUUCCUGUUCUUUCUCUUGCUCCUCUCUCAUCCUCGCUUACCCCAGUCUACAUGCAGUUGUUUGGGAUAGAAAACCAUAAAGCACCAGCCCACCUCGGAGAUGGUAGGCCCAGAGAGACCUGCACCGCACUGAGUCAGGAGACAAAGUGGAGCUCUCCUCAGUCCAAGAGGCGAAGAGUGAGCCCGGGCCUCUCUACACGACCUAUGCGAGGUGUUCUUUUAAAACACUUUAAUGAUAGCAGUGUUCUGUUCUAAACGGUUCUGUUUUAGUAAAGGUAGAUUUUAGGUAACAAGUGUAGGGAUUCUUUUCUAAGGUAAUAUGUAUGAGAAGAAGAGAAAAAAGUGGCUAUCUUUCAAGAGGUCUUUGUGGAAGCCUGUGGUAGCACAUUAUGUUUAUGAUUGCCCAUGCGCACAUGAUGUUAUGGUCCAAUGCAAAUACAGCUCCCAAAAUAUUAAAUGUAUAUAUAUUUUAAAAUGCCUGAGGAAAUACGGUUUUCUUAAUAAAUUGAAGAAUACCAAUACUGCUAUUAAAAUAAUGAUGAGCCUCUUGCUAUGGUUGGGAAGCAUCACAGAGUAACUUGUUUGGGACCUGCUCACUGCCUGCUUGUUUAGCCGGCAGUGAGUAUGAACAUGUGUGAACACAUUUCUGUAGGGGGAAAUUUGCUGUCCACUGUUGGAGGUAUGAAGUAAGCCAGCCGCUGGUCACACUGCCUCUGCUGUACACGCAUCUUCAGGCUAAAGCUGAGAAGUGCUCACAGCUCCCUGUUUUGGGGUUAAAGGUCAUGACAAAAAA